UCUCUAAGCAUCGUCGGCGGCGGUCACUGACGAGAUGUCGGUACCUGGUCCAAAUAAUAAAGCCGAGAGCAUAAGUGUUGAUAUCGUGAACAAAACGAAAGGUGGCGCAUAUGGGUCGUAUUUGGAGUACCCGCAGGGCACACGUGCUCCGCCCCAAACUAAAAGUGACUUUGUGUAUGUGAAUACCGCGUACGUUGGAAGCGUCAACAGUGUCAACUCUAAUAUACAAUAUGAACCACCAACGACUGUUAUAAGAGAGCAAUAUUGGGCGUGCUCAAAAUGGUCGUUCGCUCAGCGUUUGCUCGCGCUGGCUGUGGGCGUCUUGCUCGGCACGGUGAUCAGUCUGAUCGUCCUUAUCAUCCUCAAAAACAACGACGAGGACUUUACUGAUUUCUUCAGACCGAGCCCUGCACCGGAUUAAUGCUACGACUUCACAACUUCGUCUGAAUAUUGGUACUCCGGCCUGUUUUAGUCGUAUCUUAUUUUGUGAGUGUGCUUGGAGGAAAUAAGAAAAAAGUCUAGACUUUUGAUAUAUUUUUAUGUGUAGUGAAAUAUAUCCGAAUAAGGGGGGGUGGGGGAUAAUGUAGAGAUAGCGUAAAAAUGAAUGGCUUAUGUUAUUUUAAGUAUUUGUUUGUGUUAAUUGCAUUUUUGACGAAAAUGAAAUGUUUUUUUUAACGAAUCUUGUAAAGUUUAUGUAGAAAAGAGACUUUUAUAAUAAGAUAAUUAUAAUGACGUCAGAAUAUUUUAGAUGUUGAUAUGCACUGGACACACAAAUCCUACAAGUAGUUUACUCGUAGUUUUAACUCAUACUAAGACCAAUAAUUGCCAAAUUUACUACAAUUUAAUGUACCACAAUGACUAGAUAAGCCACCCUUAAGUAUUAGGUAUAUAUCAAAAAAACAUCGUCGAAGGAAAAAAAAAUCGAAAAUUCUCAUUAUUUUGCUGUCGUUACUUUGUAGAGUACAUUAUUUUGUAUUGAAUUGACACCUUCAAGUGGCAAACCAACACUGUGUUUAGCACAAGAUUAAGAUUCAAUAGGUAUCGCUUAGCAACGGUCUAAUCGUAAAAUAUACGUUUAUGCGCCCAAUUAUAUUAUUAUUAUUAAUUUGGACAACAUCACAUACAUUAC